GAGCUCUGCGCGUGCAGCCAUGGCUUCCCCGGCGAGCUGGCUAACUCGCCUCUGGCUUUUCCGUGUCUCUGCGCUCCGUGGAUAGCGCAAUCCCCGUGCUGGUGUGUGUGUGCGUGCGUGUGUGUUUGCCGUGAGAUGGAGUGUUCACGCCGAAAAGGACCGCUCCCCGCCAUCUGAGGCCACAGCCCAAGCGAGUUCUCCCUCCCUUCUGCCCACCUGCAAUGCAAUUGUGUGUUGCUGCUUGCAGGCUGAGCUGACACGUAUAAAAAGCGUACGAAAUCGAAACUGACUCAGUGGCCCGCAGGAAUCUAUGUCCACCGAUACCCUUCGAAAGACGACGGGCUUCCACAGGAGGAGAGGAGGACCCGUUGAACCUACCUCGGGGGCUUUCCCAUGCUGCACUCUGUUGUUCAUGACCAGGUAGCCUGCACGGGAACAUUGAUGUUGAAGAUAUCUUCAAAAGCGGUCAGUCUUAUCAGGGGAGAACUUAGGAUAAAGGAACUAGAAAUAGGUCCACUGGUGUAUGAAGAUGAGCGGCACUUUGAUCCUGUGAUAUAAGCUCGUGGGCUGCCAGUAGCCACCAGCGCGGGUAGCAGCUGCAAAGAUGGCUGCCACGGUGGAGGGUCGCCCCGCGCAAUAUGGGGUGAACCUGCAGCAGCUGCGGGAGCUCAUGGAGACCCGUGGUCAGGAGGCUAUCCAACGGAUCCAAGAGGACUACGGCGGCAUCCAGGAGCUCUGCAAGAAGCUCUACACCUCCCCUACGGAUGGGCUGAGCGGGUCAGCGGCAGACCUAGAACAUCGGCGGGCGACGUUUGGGGCCAACUCGAUCCCCCCGAAGCCUCCCAAGACGUUUCUGCAGUUGGUGUGGGAGGCACUGCAGGACAUGACCCUCAUCAUCCUGCAGGUGGCUGCCUUCGUCUCCCUCGUCCUCGCCUUCAUCGAGCCUGAGAGCCACGGCCCCAAAGAUCACCACAGAAAGCCAAAGGAGUCGUCGGGAGAUUCGGAGGCUGGGUGGAUAGAAGGUGUAGCAAUUUUAGUGUCUGUAGUAAUCGUGGUUCUAGUGACUGCAUUCAAUGACUACACAAAGGAAAGGCAGUUUCGUGGACUGCAAAACAGAAUAGAGCAAGAGCAUACAUUUGCUGUGAUUAGAGGCGGCGAAGUGCAUCAGAUCUCGGUCUCCGAAAUUGUGGUCGGUGACAUCUGUCAGGUCAAGUACGGUGACCUGCUUCCUGCCGAUGGCAUCAUCAUUCAGAGCAAUGACCUCAAAAUUGAUGAGAGCACAUUAACUGGGGAGUCUGAUCAUGUGAAAAAGGGGGAACACACCGACCCCAUGCUCUUCUCAGGCACGCACGUGAUGGAAGGCAGCGGGAAAGUGCUGGUUUCAGCGGUGGGCGUCAACUCCCAAGCUGGCAUCAUUCUCACCCUGCUGGGAGCUGCCCACACUGAGAAUAAGGAACAGAAAAAGAAGAAGAAGAAGAAAGAUGCUAAAAAGGGUCGUAAACAGAAGAAAGGUGAACCAGCAUGCCAGGUCCACGUGAACGAGAAGGAGUUGUCACCUCUGACUGAAUCAGACCAACAUGAUGAAGAAGCGGCGGUUUCUGGGAACUCUCACAUGGGGAACACCACUGCCAAUACGCACGUGGAGCCAGCUCGGGCUGACUCGGUGGCCAGUCCCACGACGGAGGAAGCACACCCCCGCAAGGAGAAGUCCGUCUUGCAGGCCAAGCUCACAAAGCUGGCCAUUCAGAUAGGAUACGUCGGUUCGACGAUAGCAGUGUUGACAGUGAUCAUUUUGGUGGUACGUCACCUCAUCGAGGUGUUUGUGGUAGAAGCGCGGCAGUGGAGCAGCCACGAUACACAGCACAUCGUCAACUGCUUCAUCAUCGGUGUCACGGUUUUGGUGGUUGCCGUGCCCGAAGGUCUUCCAUUGGCUGUCACACUCUCACUUGCCUACUCUGUAAAAAAAAUGAUGAAAGAUAACAAUUUAGUCCGUCACCUAGAUGCCUGUGAAACUAUGGGGAAUGCUACGGCCAUCUGCUCCGACAAAACGGGGACGUUGACAACAAAUCGGAUGACUGUUGUCCAGUGUUACAGCUCUGGUGUACACCACAAGACGAUGCCUCGGUACGAAAGCCUUCCGCCCACGGUUGCGGAAAAAAUUGUUCACGGUAUAUCGGUCAACAGCGCCUACACGUCCAGGGUUAUACCAGCCGAAGAAGUUGGGGGUAUGCCCAAACAGGUGGGCAACAAGACAGAGUGCGCUUUACUGGGCUUUGUGCUAGACAUCGGCAAGGACUACCAAAGUGUGCGGGACGACAUGCCUGAAGAAAUGCUCCACAAGGUGUACACUUUCAACUCUGUACGCAAGUCCAUGAGCACCGUCGUUCCUCUCCCAGGAGGGGGUUUCCGAGUCUACACCAAGGGGGCCUCCGAGAUUGUCCUAAAAAAGUGCGCUUUCAUCCAUGGAAAAGGCGGCAACCUGGAUCGGUUCGGCGGGGAGGAACAAGACCGCCUGGUGCGCACGGUGAUUGAACCGAUGGCGUCCAACGGCCUGCGAACCAUCUGCUUGGCCUACAAGGAUUACCUGCCUUCGUCCGGCAGCAGCAACGUGCCCCCCAACUCGGUAGCCAUGGCGGAGGAACCCGACUGGGAAGACGAGGACAACAUCGUCAAGGACCUGACCUGUCUCUGCGUGGUUGGCAUUGAAGAUCCCGUGCGCGCAGAAGUGCCGGAAGCCAUCAGAAAGUGCCAGCGGGCGGGCAUCACGGUGCGCAUGGUGACGGGUGACAACGUCAACACGGCACGGUCCAUCGCUCUCAAGUGUGGUAUCAUCAAGCCAGGGGACGACUUCCUCGUACUGGAAGGAAAAGAGCUCAAUCGUAGGAUACGGGAUUCCAACGGAGAGAUUCAGCAGCACCUCCUCGACAAGGUAUGGCCACGGCUGCGGGUGCUGGCGCGCUCGUCCCCUCAGGACAAGUACAAUCUGGUGAAGGGCAUCAUCGAGAGCAAAGUGCGCGACAACCGGGAAGUGGUGGCAGUCACCGGAGACGGUACCAACGACGGGCCUGCCCUCAAGAUGGCAGACGUCGGCUUUGCCAUGGGCAUUGCCGGCACGGACGUGGCCAAGGAGGCAUCCGACAUCAUCCUCACGGACGACAACUUCACGAGCAUUGUGAAGGCCGUCAUGUGGGGUCGCAACGUCUACGACAGCAUUGCCAAGUUCCUCCAGUUUCAGUUAACAGUGAACACUGUAGCUGUAAUCGUAGCUUUUACUGGUGCCUGUGCAAUUAGGGACAGUCCCUUGAAAGCAGUACAAAUGCUGUGGGUGAACCUGAUUAUGGACACCCUGGCAUCCCUGGCUCUGGCAACGGAGAUGCCAACGUCCGCUCUCCUGCUCCGCAAGCCAUACGGCCGCACCAAGCCCCUCAUCUCUCGCACCAUGAUGAAGAACAUCCUGGGUCAUGCUGUCUACCAGCUCACCAUCAUCUUCAUGCUUCUCUUCCUGGGGCCUCAAAUAUUUGACAUUGACCCCGGGAUGGGAGUACGGCUCUCGGAGCACUUCACCAUUAUUUUUAACACGUUUGUUAUGAUGACCCUCUUCAACGAGGUGAAUGCAAGGAAGAUUCACGGGGAACGCAAUAUAUUCGAGGGUCUUCUAACCAAUCCCAUUUUCUAUAGCAUUCUUAUUAUCACGGCAGUUGCUCAGGUCAUAAUAGUGCAGUACGGUAGCGUGUUUUUCCAAACGAAAGCCCUGACACUGGACCAGUGGCUGUGGUGUGUGUUCUUUGGCUGUGGGGUCCUGGUGUGGGGCCAGUUCGUCACCACCAUCCCCACCAAGCGCAUCCCCAAGACCUUCACCUGGGGAUCGGGUCCGCCUGAGGAUAUGAACGCCACGGCCUCGCUUGUCGAGGAUGGCAGCUCUGGAUCCCUCUCGCAGGACGUCAAGCGCACGGGACAGAUUCUCUGGAUCAGAGGACUCACCAGGUUGCAGACGCAGCUUCGGGUUGUGAGGGCCUUUAAAAGCACAAUCGAAGACGAAGACGGGCGUAGCAUUCAUAGCAUGCACAGCUUACAUAGCCUACGGAGCUCCCGUAGCCAUCCCGGGGCGCGACCUCUCUCCGACAUUAGCUACAUUGACGAGGACGGCAAAACCCCCUCCCCGAACGAACUCCCUUGCGACGCGUCGCCCACACUGCCCACCAAAAACCCCCGGCCGGCUGGUGUUGCUCCGCCUCUCAACUUCCUCCGGCGCAACAACAGCGGCGGCAACGUCCACGCGGAGACGGCGCCCCUGGUGACGGGAGACCGCACGGCGUCGCCCGCCGCCUCGCCCACGAGCUCGUCGUCCAACGGCAGCGUGGACAACAACAACCGUGCAAGCUUCUCCAACCCGCUCACGCAGGGUUACAACCUCCUCAGCGAGCCGCCCGUCGGAAAACUGCACGAGACGAGCAUAUGAUGGUGCCAGACUCUCUUGCAACCUCUCUACAACGAGAACUACAGCCUCCACUACGCUCUGUGUGGGGGGGGGGCACAGGAAAAACGUGCACUAGAAUGCGCCUAGUUAUCCCCCCACCCCCGUGUGGUCGGCCCCCCACCCUGGGCCACGUUUUUUUGAGGAACAAAAUGAAAACUGGAGUGUGAUAUAGGUUGCUUUCUCCUCCCCCCAACCACGUUCUUUCUUUUUCUCGCGCAUUCUCUCAAGUUUGGGUGUUGUUCCAUAGUUUUCUUUGGGUAGGAAUAUCUCCCCAUCCCCCCGUGUGUUGUCCCGCCCGUCCUCCUUUUCCCCCGCCACUCGGCUCUUCUGGGAACCUCCUCUCUCUCUUUCUCUCUCUCCUUGUCACUGGGUGAGCGGAAGGGUGCCCCCCGACAAGUGUGAUAUUUUUUAGCACACGUGACACAUGCACCUCUAUCUUUCUUGGUAGGUCACAAGUAGAAGCAGCACAAGUGCAUACACGGAGCAGUAUGUGUGUGUGUGUGUGUAUACGACCCAUUUUUAUGGCAGCCUCCUCUCUCUCUCAAUCCUCCUCAAUGUUAGAACAGCCAUCUGUGCUUGCUUUUUCACUUUCACAGCUCUCUCUCAAUGCUGGAUUCGGGAGGUCGAUACUGGGCGACGGGCCUGGUGUUUUUUCUUUUUUCUUUUUCUCCAGUAGCCGAGUGGAAAUGGUAAUGGAAUUUAUCAGCAGUGGAUAGGCAGUGAAUAUGAGGACAUAAAUCAUAAAAUGAAUGAGAGCAGUUAAACAUCGUACUUUUUUUUUUGCUCUUCUCCAUUUAUCGUGUUAGCCGAAACAGCCGAGUUCUGCCGUAUCAGGUGCACUCACCUUGGAAGAUGAGCUCUCUAUGCUUGAGAAUUUGGCACAUGCUCUUAAAUGAUUGGCACGUGCAAAUAAAAAUAAAACUCUGAUGUCAAGUAUAGCUCUCGGGUCCUUAAAAACCUACUGGCGAUUCUCAGCAUUUAUUAUUUGCAUAAUAGAAUGAUUGGCACGUGCAAAUAAAAAUAAAACUCUGAUGUCAAGUAUAGCUCUCGGGUCCUUAAAAACCUACUGGCGUUUCUCAGCAUUUAAGCGAAAAAGAAAAUCCUUUUUGUGUUCUGUUUGUCUGUAACCUCGCGAACAACUUUUGUACACAAAAAAUGCGAUGGGUUGAAUAUGGUAAUAUUAAUUGGCUUUCACACCAAACUGGUCAGCGUGAAGUUUGAAAACCGGAUUGUUCACUUCGUGUACGCCAACGUCGACGCAGCUCUCGGGAACAGACACACAGACCUGCCACAGCCAGAGUGCAUAUCUGUUAACAACCAACGAGCGAGGAGGAAAACAUCUCUCUCUCUUACCAGAGAGUGAUUAACUGAAUGAUGCUAAGUGCCUCUUUUACUACCGGCGAUUUCUCAUCCGAGCUCAAAUACCUGAACGCCGGGACAGGACAGUAACUCUCACGCCUCUUUAUUCCUGGGCACUCUCCCAGAAAUUGAGAUGAAGCAGAAUGCUGGUGUUUGAGGCAGUUCUUCCGACAGUGACGAACUGUCGCCCACUCUUGGCCGCCCGAACUCAGCGUUUUGCCUCGAGUUAUGGAAUGCCCUCUCUCGUGAAAUGAAUCAAAGGAAGGCACGUUGUUAUAUGUGCGACAAGCUUUUCGUGAGCUGUCGAGAGCUCUGUUUUUCCUUUCGGCUUUCUCACAGUUGUUGCCAAACGUGUACACACUUGUCGUUUCCUUGGUUUUCCCACGGGGGACCACUCACUGUGCAUCGUCGUGAUUUUGGCGGUCGGGCAAGGAUCUUUGCCCUGUCCGAAGUUUAUGCAAGCAACUUGCUGCUGUAGCUAGGCGUGCAGUACGGGCAGUGACUUGACUCAUGUUAUGAUGACACUCCUGCUGCCAUUGUCCAGCGCCGUUUUCUUUUUGGGUAUCUGCUCAUCCUUAUGCAUGACGAUUGGUCGUGUGCGAGCGUGCGUGUCCACAUGAGCACAAGCGUGCUAGAGUGUCUCUAAAGGCAAAGCCUAAACUGUUGAUGGCAUCCAUUUAGAUCACCCAGUAAAGAAGAAAAGAAAAUAUCGCGAGUCUCCAAGUUGCCACGCAGCUUUGUUGGGACUACUUAGUAAUAAUUUUCAUCUUUUUCUUAUUAUAUAUAUAUAUAUAGGUUAAAGAGGUUGAUAUAUCAGACGGCUGCAAAGUUGAAUAAAAGUAAAAUAAUAAGACGUGGACGACAGAUUACAGGAAAGUUAAAAACCAUUUUAUUUAGUAACUAGUUCUUUUUGUCCUGACGAAGACAGAAUCACUGCCGAAACGUCGACCUUUCUUUUAAACGUUGCCCACUAUAUAAACUAGUUAACUAUCCUGUAAUCUGUCGUCCACAUCUUAUUAUUUUACUUAGGGAAAAAAGCCAUUAAAGAAACAAGUAAAUGAUACUAGACGUGUUUGAAAUUAUAUAUAAUAUAUAAAAUUUAUAUAAAAUAAAUAUAAUAUAUAUAUCUUUUUUUGUUGCAAAAGUUUGUUGUUAACGAAUUCAGAACAUACCGUGGUAACAGACAUAGGGCUGGAAAGAAAGUGAAGUGUACAGCGAGCAGAAGAAACAUUGCAAGAAUGAGAGCUAACAACCCAGGUGUUGUGUGAUACAAAGUGGAUUACAAUUGGCUUACUUUAGCUUGCAUUGGCCUCCAAUGGCAUAUGAAGACUGGCCUUAGUACUGGAUGGGAUCCGAGGCAGAAGGGAAAUGACGAUGUUGAGUAGUCUUCCAGAAGCACGAGAUGCAGGUGCCUGGCAGUACUUUUCACUGUAGGACCGUUGCAUGCUCUGCGAAGAAUGUCCUGCUCAGGGAAUAUGCUGUUAGAGGUUUUGUUAAAUUAUGUGCGAGCCAGAACUUGCCCUUGCUUUCUUUGUCCACACAGAAACCCAGAUGCCAGAGAUUUUGCUGACUGCAUGAUCAAAUUAUGAGAUCCAAAGUGACGAGCCAGUACGAGGCAGGACUAGGGAGACGUUUAGGACGGUGGUAGCACCCCUUUGAGAGAACAAGCUUGCACGCCUUUACUGUGUUAGACGAGAUAUUUAAGAUACGUGCUUCUGUAAACCUGGGAGUAGCUCAAUAUAACCACUCAGUGCAGUAAUUUUGAGAUGCAGUAUUUCUCUUGCAUUCCAUUUUGCUAGUCCUCGCAAUAAUACCAUGUGAAUAUAUAAGGGGGCCUGUCUUCAUUACUGUAGAACAAUACGGAAACAUGGCAUCUAGGGCAAUCACACUGUGGUUUCUUGCUUACAUGUUUCGUGCUGCUGGGGUGAUGUAAUUUGGAAGGAACUGAGGAGGCUCUUAUUGGGGUGGGACUUCUUGGGGUGGGCAACUUCUUAGGGUGCAAAACUUUUUAGGUUUUUUUUUCUGGUAUUUCAUGAGUGAACGGAUCUCAUUCUGAUUACAUCUGUGCAGUCUGUGCUCUUUGGCAUUCGUACAAGCGCUGCACAAAGUGGCUUGCAUAAUCCAAAGCAGAUCAUGUGGAUUUUUAUACGCCUUGCGCUGGGUGUACCACUCAGGGAAGCAGGGAGGGUCGAUUCUGCACAAAUGCGAAUGCUGCCAGCAAAAAAAUAAGCCUUGGGGUGUAAAUGCAUGACGCAGGACAUAUCUGCGGUCUCAUAGUACCCAUCUUUCACGUUUGUUUCCUUGUGAAAUAUUUUUUACUUUGCUCAAAUGUGGCUGCUCAUUCAGGUGCAGUGCAAUGCAAUGCAAUGCCAUGACAUGACAUGCCAUUGGCAACCUUGAGAGACACUCUGCAUGCAGAGGGAGAGUUGGCACGUGUGUGAAUGACCACAUCAAAUAUGUGACCACUUUGCGCCCUUUCAUGCCCGUAGAACUUAUCCCUUAGACGGAGCUUUAUUCGCAUUGUCAUUAGUUACCUAUCGUUUAGCCCCUUUUGAUGGCAACCACGUCUGACGGACGCAGUUACACCGAGGCCAACUUCGGUCCUGCGCUCUACCAAUCCACCAUUAUUCUGCCCCCAUCCUCUUCCCUCCUACCACCAUUCAGCGAAACGUUCUCGGCUCCUGACCAUCAGUCGUCAGUGGGAGACGAAUGCAGCACAGAAAAAUUCUCAAGCGACAGAUUAGUACCCCCGCAAUGUACCCCGGUCGGGGCGCAAUGCAUCUGACCAACCUGGCAAGCUCGGAGUAUUGUUCCUCUUGUGCAACUGGUGAGAAGGUAGUGCUGGAGGGAUAUGCUCAGGAAUGUUUCUUUUUUUUUCUUUUUGUUAACCUCCCCCUGUUGAGCGGAUGCCUCUGCCUCUCGGGAGGCCUUUGCACGACCCUCCCCGGGCCCCCCUUGACCUCUUUCAAAUUCACUACCCACCCCCUUUUUGAGUGCAUCAAACAGAAUGCAAUGUUGUUGUAGAAACAUUAGCUGGCUAGCCCAAUUUCAAGUGGCAUUGUAGCCAAAAUAGACAAAAGGGAAAAAAAAAGAGAUGUUGCAUUUUGAAGCAAUACAGUAGUGCAACUUUACAAUAACGCUUGCCAUUGCUCGGGAUGGUAGCCAGAUCGAACAGUGCUUUUUUUUCUUGCUUCUCAUUUGGUUUCUUCCUCUGUGACUCAUUGAUUGGCUCAUCGGUGGGCCUCCCUGGAAAAAGUAUGUUCUAUGUAAGGGCGUGCCUCAAUAAAGUGUUGGAACUCGUGAACGUAUAAAAGCAAUGUUUGCGUUUAAAUGCGUGUCAAGGACAGAAAUGGCACAAAUUGUAGACAACGGAAACAAAGAACGACUCGUUCAGUCACGGCAGUAUUUUGUGCUCGGUUCCCUAUUCACUUUGCUGUCGUAUUUAUUGUGACAGUGACUAGUAUUUGAUUAGUUGAUUUCUGCCGGUUGGCAAAACCUUGAGGCAUUGAUCCAAAAGUGGCUGACACCCCUUCCCCCCCACAUGCUCUAAAGUGGCUGAAUGGAGCAUUGUUGAGCGCUUGUAACGUGCUCAAAUCUCGUUCAGAUCAUCAUCAGAGCAUCAUCAGAGCAUCAGUACGAAGUACGGAAGUACGACGUUCCGGUACGUCGUACUUCCCCCGAAGGAAGCCCCGCCACCCUAUGUCCAGUUAAAAGUCUUAAGAGUUGAAGACUUAGUUCUUUAUUGAGGCACGUCGUCAGUUAGGAGCACCCAGUUGUUGAGUGCAGUGCAGUUUUUCCCGAAGUUGUUGUGGAGGGUGACCUGUUUUUACAUUAUUCACACAUUUCUGUCAUCUGACCCACCACAUGAGUUUUUGUUCAUCUGCUUUCGAUCGAGUGCAUCAUUUAAAAAAAAAUUUUUUUUUUUGUUCCUGUUGCACGGAUUGUUGAGGAUGCCUUGUUCGAGUUGUAUACGUACAAAGCCAAACGGGGGGGAAAAGUGAUGCAUUUCGGAUGGGAAGAGGAGCUUGUGUUAGUGUACAUACAGAGAGCAGAAAGUAUAGAAAAUAUAGCAUCUGUUUUUGCUUUAGGAGAAGAAAAAAAAAAAAAAAAAGAGUAUGAACAUUGUUUCAUUUUUAUUGUUGUUGGAAAGACCUGAUGUACAAACUAACAAUAUACAGUCAACUUGUGUACAGGAGGUACGAAUAGAAUCCUAUAUUAAAAAUGGAGAAACUUACA